AUUAUCCGUGUCUGUUUGUCUGUCUGUCUGUUUUUCUAAAUUACACAUGCAAUGUUAACCAGUGGCGGAUUUACAGUGUUAUCUGAACCUAGUAGGAUUGGCUGUCUUUUUUUGCUUCCGACUAUUUAGACAGCCAUAACUCAUACGCAGUGUGUGACAUCUAUAGUAAUAACAUUCGAUCUAAUAUUCGAGCUAUUAUUGUUGUAAAUAAUGACGUAAUGUAGUUGCGAAGAACUGUCCCUGCACACUGAGUCGUAUUUUUCCCACAUGAAGCUCUAGGUUUAAUUCGAUUCCGCUGUUGAUCCAACUGUCUCUCUUCUUAUUAAAGGGUUUAUAUAUAGUCACUAUAAAAGGAUAUUUGCCAAUUUAUAUCUGUGAUUUGCUUCUUGCUAAACAACUAAAAAACUAUAAUACAAAUUAUGAAUACUUCGAACUCAUAGCUAUGAGAGACUAGAUCAGUUAACUGCUUUUAAAUUUGACCAUUUAUCAUUGACCUACAUACAGAACCUACGUGUUUCUGCCCUUCCGUUCAGCUUCCUCUCCCCAGCCAAGUUCAAAGAACCCCAGCAAAAAAAAAAAAAAAUAAAAAUAAAAGAAAAUCGACUAAUUGAAGAUCGCCACACAAAUAGCACUUUGAAUAUACAUAUAUAUUCAAUUAAGCGAACGCUCUGAGGAAAUAAUUGAAAUGUUUGUCGAAUAAUCGAAAAGUUUCACCCAAUUUCGGCAGUUCACUUUUAACUAUUGACCAGUGAGCAUGUUUCCAGUAAAAAUGAGAUCAGUUUGGGCUCUGUUCCUCUUAUGUAUAUUAUAUUUUAUCUCGGAAGUGGAGAGUGAAUGCAAUCGAAUACCCCAAGGUGCAAGUGGAGACCGUUCAGCAGUUGAUGAGAACUUUAAGAUUCUUAUUGAUGGUAAUCCCACGACUUAUAUACCAGGCAAUCAAUAUAAUGUAUCACUCUCUUGCCCUAAUGGAUUGAAAUUCAUUAGCUUCACGCUGGCUUUAGAGGGAGAGGAUCAAUCUCCAAUAUACAAUGGAUUAGACAUGACAGGACACUUUGAGUUAUUCGACAAUACAGAUACACGAUUCGCAACAGGCUGUGAGAAUUUGGUGGAGAGCACAAAUACUAAUGCCAAGGCACGCAUAGAUGUCUCAUGGAUAGCUCCAAAGCAGCCAGAAAGUGGCUGUGUACUGAUGAAGGCGAGCGUUGUCCAGCAUCGCGAUGUCUGGUUCAUUGACGAUGGAUUUCUGACAAAACGCAUCUGUGCCGAAGAGAUCGAUGAUCUGAAUAGCCUUACGCCGCCACUACAAAACUGUUGUGCUUGUGAUGAGGCCAAGUAUGAGAUCCUUCUGGAGCGUAAAUGGGCCAGGAACACUCACGCCAAGGACUUUCCCAAUGAGGCUUGGCGCACACAUUUGGGUGAGAUAAUUGGCGCUUCCCAUAACUACAACUAUCGCUAUUGGGCAUACGGAGAACGUGCCAGCAAGGGCAUGAAAGAGUUGGCUGAGCAUGGAUCCACGAGAACUCUUGAAAACGAAAUCAGAGAGAAUACUCAGAAUGGUCAAGUGAGAACGAUAAUUAAGGCACCUGGAAUCUCCUAUCGACGAAAUGUGUUUGGUACAACACUAGCAAACGCUCGUGUCGACAAGAUCCAUCACCAAAUUUCAUUGUCGGUGAAAAUAAAUCCUUCACCGGAUUGGAUCUUGGGCAUAUCCGGCUUGGAGCUAUGCCUUAGUAAUUGUACGUGGUUGGAGCGUAAGACAUUAAAUCUGUAUCCCUGGGAUAUAGGCACCGAUUCGGGCCCCUCAUAUAUGUCCGCCGAUGAAGCGCAAGUGCCUCCGGAUGUUAUACGCCGCAUUACUUCAUCGUAUCCCAGUGAUUAUCGUUCGCCAUUCUUUGAUGAUUCAGGAGCACCCAUGAAACCACUGGCCACUCUCUAUUUGACCCGUAAGAAGCUUUACAUACGUGAAUGUGAAGAGGAUAUGAUGGAUCAGGAUGGACCACUGGAGUGUGCUACGCAUCCGUGGAAUGAAUGGAAUAAUUGCAGUGCGCGAUGUGGUCCCGGAUUGUCUCAACGUAUGCGAAGCUAUAAGAAUCCCAUUUUGGCGGCGAACUACAAUUGCGAUCGACGGCUUGACGAAAUGCGUCAAUGUCAAGGCACCCAAUGCGGGGUGGACGCCGAGGAGGAGUCGCCUAAUGCAGACACAGGUAUCGAGCAGGAUGGCUCGAGUUUUGGUGUCGGCUCCAUGGCCGAAUGCGAGCUGACCACUUGGAGUGAAUGGUCGCCAUGUUCCGCAACAUGUGGCAAGGGGAUUUCUACCCGUUCUCGUGACUACUUCAAUUCCCGAGCAAGAGCACGUUGUAUGACUGCUGUGAGAUUACCCUUGGAGGAACAACGUCAAUGCUUCGCCUCCGACUGCGGAGGCACUAUAACGGAUAAUGGGGAAUUCGAUGAUUUGCCGCAGCCUGAUGUAUUUGGCGAAACCAAUGAGCCAAGCGGAAAAAGUUGGAAUAAUAAUGCAUACAAUAAACCAAGUGGAUAUAAUUCUUUAGAUAAUUCUCACAAUUGGCCAACCACCAUUCAAACUCCCUAUGCACCCAUGGACACCCCGAAUCAACAUUAUCAGUCACCCUAUUCCUCAAAUGACCAGGGAAUUAGCAAUUACAAUGAGUAUGGAACGGAUUAUACGACACCUAGACAAAUGCCAUACUUCACAACGCGUUUACCUGCGCUUGGAAGUCGUUAUAAUGAUCGUCCAAAGGAUGCCAGCAACUACAAAGUGGUGCAGGACUACUGCUUCAAGAAACCCGAGGCGUCUACAACCCCCUGUCUGGCCAAUCCUGUGACUGUGAGAAAUUAUUGGUUUUAUGAUCACGAAGAUCACGAAUGCAAAAUCUUCACCUCGGACAACUGUGAUGAGAACAGGAAUCGCUUUCGAACAUUGGACUCCUGUCUGGCCACCUGUUAUGAUCCGCAAUUGAAUUUAGAACGUACCGAGAAUGAGGCCAUGGAUCUAUAUGAAGGCAAUGCAAAUUCCAAUAUGGCAAAUAAUUAUAAUCAGGGCUAUGCUGGGGGCCCUACCCCUAACCCCUACUACUAUGGUGCCAAACGUGGUCGUUAUGGCACUUAAAGUGCAGAAUAAACUAAUCCGAUUUUAUAAGAGAA